CACCAUUACCAGCAUUCACAAUGGUCUGCACGAAAUGUGAAAAGAAGUUGUCCAAGGUUAUUUGCCCAGACAAAUGGAAAGAUGGCGCACGCAAUACUACCAUUGGAACUUCAGCAGCGGCAGGACGCAAGCUUGGCGAAAACAAACUCCUUAGUAAAAAGCGAGCAACCGCAAAAUUCAAUCCAUAUGCAGUAUCAAAGUGUAAGACAUGUAAAUCAGCGGUACAUCAGGAUGGUGCCAUAUAUUGUCAAGGCUGCGCAUAUAAACAAGGACAAUGCGCAAUGUGUGGAGUCACAAUUCUCGAUACAUCAAAAUACAAAAUGUCCGCCAAAUGAAAAACUAUAUAGCUUCAAGGCAAUGAGAUUUGCAUUUGUUCUAUCACAUUUUCAACCCAGCAGUUGCUAAACAAUUCGGAAAUCUGAAUUACACCUUUCAGUCUUUGUGCUUGCAUGCUUUUUGCACAAUGAAAAAAUACCUGUACUCCAAGCGGACGAAAUUAUGGAGACAUGUUUGAUCCAACAUAUCAACUACAAAUCUGCACCAUAGUUUUAUUAUUUUUUAUAUUUAUUUUUACUUUCUGUGGCAGGGAAUAAAUAAUAAUAUUACGC